UUUUGAAUGUUUCCUUAUUCGUUUUGUCGUAUUAAGUUCCGUGUGUUUAUCGCGUUGUCAAUUGUUCGUGAACGAGGUUCGAAAUCGCACAACGAACAAGAAGACCGAUUGGACGAGUUAUUGUGUGUUGUGCUGUAAACACGUGCGAGAUCUUGGCACAAGGAAAUCUUGGAGAACUACGUGAAAGAUAAAAAGAUACAAAGGGAAAGAGAGCGAAAGCAGAGACCCACAAAAAUGUCAGAGAUUGACGCUAAAGUGAACAUGUCGCUUGAUGAGAUCAUAAAGAUGGAGAAAAAGAAAAAAAACGCAGCAACCAACGGAAAACCCGGUGGUGUUAAGCGCAAUCGCAGUGCCGGACGAGGCCGGGGUGGAUUUAGAGGAAGAGGUGCGAGAAUCAAGCGCAAUGUUGGGACCAUCCUGAAGAAGCAGCAGCAACAAACUUGGCAACGUAAUACGAAUAUCGCAAGCAACGCUCGCGGCGGUUUUGCUCGGAAUCGCUUUAAGAGAAAUGGCAAUCUCGCGAGAUCACGUAGCAACUUGAGCUUGAAUUCUAAGCUAAACAAUGCGAGAGGAGGCACGUUCAAUCUGCGUCGUGGCAGAGGCAACAGAUUUGGCUUGACUCGCAGCCGGAGUCGUACAAAUUUGACGUUCAAUCAAGGCGGCUUCUUCACGAACAAUAAGAGCCCGCUGAAACGUACGAACAGCUUGCCUAAUCUGCGAGAUCCAAAUUCUGUUUACAAUCGCCUGGGUUAUCAAAGCCCCGCUCAGAUUGCCUAUCGAAAUCGUGUAAAACGAGCUAAGCAGCUGUUGUUGCAGAGGCAGAAUCAGAGAUUGAACUUGCAGAAUCAGAGAUUGAACUUGCAUAAUCAAUUCAGAAUGGCACAAACCGGCCAGAAGACCGUUUUACUUUCGAUGCAGCCGAGAACUUUGGGAAGGCAACAGAUACUAACGUCGCAACGUCGCUUCACGACCGGUGGACUACGAUCCGAUCAGAUUGCUCAUGCACAGAGACGGGCGCAAUACGAACAGAAACUUCUACGAAUGAAUGCUGCCCGAUUGACCUCUACUCCAAACGUCAAUUUCAUGUGCACAUUGGGAAGCGAGUACAUACCUACUACUACACGCCAGCGACCACUCACCCUCGCACAGAACCGACCUAUGACUAUCACUAACCCGCGACAAAUGCCCAGAGGACGAUCGCCGUUCAGACAAAGUGCACAGGCUUUAAAUAUGAUUGAUCGGGUACCACUAUUCGGUCGACAGCGCUCGAGAUCGAGAUCACGAUCACGCUCGCGUACGCACAAUACAACCGCGUCCGAUUCCAGUGGAGACAUCGACGAUCGUACAUUCAGCGAAGUUAUGUACAGUCUGUCAGGAAAUCUCGGCGUUACAGGACGAACUCUUAACGAUCGAUUUGGUUUAUAAGUAGUGGCGUCGCAAAUUCGACUUUAUAUCGAAUUCAUUACCAACAAUUCGUUGAUGAUAAUUUACCCGUAACACUAGAAAUAUAAAGCAUCUUUUGUUUUAAUAUUUAGACAAAAUGCUAUAUGUUUUCCCCUCUUUCUUUAUUAAGUACGCGUGUGUUAUUAAUAUCGAA